AUGCCGCUCGUAGAGAAUGACCAGAUCAAGUCGGCAUCGCUGCACAACCCUCUGCCGCUCACCCUCCACACUUACGUCUGGCCCUUCCUCGUAAUAUGGCCCAUCUUCUUCGCCUUCUACCUCUCCCCGGAACGGUAUGAGAAGCACAUCAACGGUCAGGAAUGGACUUUUGUCUGGUCAGGAAGCAUCGUAACCGCCCAGUCGCUGAUAUGGCUAUCGACCCACUGGAAUGUCAACCUCAGAUCGCUCUUCACCGCCACCAAGGCGAAGGACGUUCGCAGCGCAACCCUCAUCAAGGUCAUACCUGUGGCGAACGCCGGCCAGCCAGAGAUAUGCCAGCUCAGGCGUGACAACGUAGCUGGAAAGCAAAGCCUGUCGUUCCUUUUCCAGAAGCGGCGCUUUCUGUACGAUCCUGAGAAGGGCACCUUUGCCCCGCUAGCAUACGCUCUAGACCAAGAACCCAAGCCCCUCCUCAAGACCUUUCAGCAAUCUCGCGGCUUGACUUCGCCAGCCGAUAUCGAAAGACUCCAGCAACACUACGGCGACAAUGCCUUCGACAUUCCCGUACCUACCUUCACCGAGCUCUUCAAGGAGCACGCCGUUGCGCCCUUCUUCGUCUUCCAGGUCUUCUGUGUCGGGCUGUGGAUGCUGGACGACUACUGGUACUAUUCGCUGUUCACGCUCUUCAUGUUGGUCGCCUUCGAAAGUACAGUGGUCUGGCAACGGCAGCGGACCCUGAACGAGUUCCGGGGCAUGAGCAUCAAACCAUAUGAUAUCUGGGUGUAUAGGGAGAACAGAUGGCAAGAGACGCAAAGCGACAAGCUGCUGCCUGGCGAUCUGGUGUCCGUGGGACGGACCAAGGAGGACAGCGGCGUCGCUUGUGACAUGUUACUCGUCGAAGGCACUGCCAUCGUCAACGAAGCUAUGCUGUCUGGUGAAAGCACGCCAGUCCUCAAGGACUCCAUACAACUGCGGCCGAGAGACGCGAACAUUGAGCCUGAAGGCCUCGACAAGAACUCCUUCCUCUUUGGCGGUACAAAGGUCCUGCAAAUCACCCAUGGAGUAACCAGCGACGACGCUCCUGAGACUGUGCCUCAAUUGGCUUCCGGUGUACCACCUCCGCCCGACCAUGGCGCGAUGGCUAUAGUUGUCAAGACAGGCUUCGAGACUAGCCAAGGAAGUCUCGUCCGCACCAUGAUCUACUCGACUGAACGUGUUUCCGCGAACAACGUCGAGGCGCUGUUCUUCAUCCUGUUCCUCCUCAUCUUCGCCAUUGCCGCUUCGUGGUACGUCUGGCAGGAGGGUGUGGCCAGGGACCGGAAGCGAUCCAAGCUUCUGCUCGAUUGCGUCCUGAUCAUCACCAGCGUUGUGCCUCCGGAGCUGCCGAUGGAGCUCAGUCUGGCAGUGAACACCAGUCUCGCUGCGCUCAGCAAGUACGCCAUUUUCUGCACCGAGCCAUUCCGUAUCCCCUUCGCAGGGCGCGUGGACGUAGCAUGCUUUGAUAAGACAGGCACUCUGACUGGAGAGGACCUCGUCGUUCAUGGCAUAGCUGGUCUUUCACUUGGCCAAGCCGACGCCAAAUCCGAACCUGAUGGCGCUCAGAUCGAACUCACUCCGCUUGCAAAUGUCGUCCCUGAGACCGCCGUCACCCUUGCUACCGCGCAUGCACUCGUCAAACUGGAAGACGGCGACAUUGUUGGCGAGCCUAUGGAAAAAGCGACGCUCGUCUCUCUUGGGUGGACUUUGGGCCGCAAUGAUGUCUUGACAAGCAAGGCCAACACUGCCGCGAGUGGAGCUGCCUAUGCGACCCAUGCCGAUACAGUGCAGAUCAAGAGGCGGUUCCAGUUCUCGUCUGCGUUGAAACGGCAAAGCUCCAUUGCUACAGUGUUGACCACCAACAGGCAGACACAAAGGAAGACCAGGAGUACGUUCGUUGGUGUCAAAGGCGCACCUGAAACGAUCCGAAAGAUGCUGACCAAAACGCCGCCGAAGUAUGAAGAGACGUUCAAGUAUUUUACAAGAAAUGGCUUCCGUGUCUUGGCCCUUGCUUACAAGUAUCUGUCCACCGAGGCCGAACUUGGGCAAUCCAGGAUAAAUGACCUUAAACGUGAAGACGUGGAGAAAGAUCUGACCUUCGCUGGGUUUCUUGUCCUACAGACACCGCUCAAGGAUGAUGCUAAGAGCUCGGUUCGCAUGCUCAACGAGAGCAGCCAUCGUGUCAUCAUGAUCACCGGCGACAACUCGCUCACAGCGGUCCACGUCGCGCGGCAAGUUGAGAUUGUUGACAGGGAUGUCCUAAUUCUGGACGCUCCUGAAAACGACGAGUCUGGAGAUAAUCUGGUAUGGCAUAGCACGGAUUACAAGACCAACAUUCCGGUCGACCCGACAGCACCUCUGGACGCAGAAAUUCUGAGGAUGAAAGACCUUUGCGUCACUGGUUACGCAUUGGCAAAGUUCAAAGACCAGCAAGCCUGGCGCGACCUUAUACGCCACACUUGGGUUUACGCUCGCGUCUCACCGAAGCAGAAAGAAGAGAUCUUGAUCGGACUCCGAGACGCUGGCUACACUACGCUCAUGGCUGGUGACGGCACCAACGACGUGGGUGCCUUGAAGCAAGCCCACAUCGGUGUUGCGCUGCUUAAUGGAACGCGAGACGACCUUGAUAAAAUUGCAGAAAACUUCCGGAACACCAAGAUGAAGGAGAUUUAUGAAAAGCAGUGCAACAUGAUGAAGCGAUUCAACCAGCCUACUCCUCCGGUUCCGGUCAUGAUCGCCCACCUCUAUCCUCCUGGUCCGACCAACCCGCACUACGAGAAAGCGAUGCAGCGUGAGGCUGACAAGAAGGCGGCGAAAGGGGGAGCGGUAAGUGCGAACGGCAAGCCGGAAGCAAAUGGUACCCCAGCACCCAAGGCGCAAGGCGGCCAAGCUUUACAACAAGCUCAGCCUCCACAGAAUCAGCGCGAGCUGCGUCAACAAAAGGCACAGCAAACGAUGCAGGGCUUGAACGAGAAGCUCACAUCGUCGAUGAUGGAUGCGGAACUUGACGAGAACGAGCCUCCGACGAUCAAGCUUGGCGAUGCCUCUGUCGCCGCUCCCUUUACCAGCAAGCUAGCCAACGUCGUCGCCAUUCCCAACAUCAUCCGCCAAGGCCGCUGCACUCUCGUAGCAACGAUUCAGAUGUACAAGAUCCUCGCGCUGAACUGCCUCAUCAGCGCCUACAGUUUGAGUGUGCUCUACCUGGACGGCAUCAAGUUUGGCGACGGUCAAGUGACUAUCAGCGGCAUGAUGAUGAGCGUCUGCUUCCUAUCCAUCUCUCGCGCCAAGCCCGUCGAAAGCCUCUCCAAAGAACGUCCCCAACACAAUAUCUUCAACCCUUACAUCAUCGGCUCCGUGCUUGGCCAAUUUGCCAUCCACAUCGCGACGCUAAUCUACAUCUCUCGCUACGUGCAGCGCACCGAGCCCAAGAACCCGGACGUGGACCUCGAAGGCGAGUUCGAGCCCUCGCUGCUCAACUCAGCCAUCUACCUCCUGCAGCUCAUCCAGCAGAUCAGCACCUUCGCCAUCAACUACCAAGGCCGGCCCUUCCGCGAGUCCAUCCGCGAGAACAAGGGCAUGUACUGGGGCCUUGUGCUCGUGACGGGAGUCGCGUUCAGCUGCGCGACGGAGUUUGUGCCGGAGAUUAACGAGAAGUUGAAGCUUGUGCCGUUUUCUACAGAGUUCAAGGUUACGCUUACGAGUGUGAUGAUCAUUGACUAUGUGGGGUGCUGGAUUGUGGAGAACGUGUUCAAGAGGCUAUUCAGUGACUACAGGCCGAAGGAUAUUGCGGUCAGGAGGCCGGAUCAGAUUGAGAAGGAGGAGGAGAGGAAGAGGGUUGAGGCUGAGGAGAGAGAGGCCGAGGCUGAGGCGAAGAGGAGUGGGUAG